GACACAGAAGGUCCCUGAUCCUGCUCCUCUUCGCUAUCAUGUGGCACUAAUCCCGUUUUGCCUUCUUUUUAACAUGUCGACGAGAGGGGUGGUUUCGACAGGUUUCCUGCCUUCAUAGAACAGUGUGUGCAUAUCACAGAUGCAGGAUGCGGUGGUGUCCCAGCUCAGCGCUCCACCUGCUGCGAUUUGUGCGGUUACGGUCAUGUACCAGGAGAGCAAAGAUCACACCGCCAUUGUGGAUUAGGAAAAUAUGGGCUUAUAUGAAACUGCUGGUGAACUCAUUAUAUUUUAACUUUCUCACAGACUCAGAUGUGGUUUUUGACUCUGUCUUUGAACCGCUGUUUUUUACUGUGGAUUAUGUCACCCGCUGGUUUGGCUCGGUGUUUGUUAGUCUGGUGGUGAUACUGACGAGCUCCAUCUUGGUGAUAGCCUAUCUGGUCCUGCUUCCUCUGGUCCUCAACACAUACUCCCCACCAUGGAUCGCUUGGCACAUCUGUUAUGGACACUGGAACCUCGUCAUGAUUGUUUUCCAUUACUACAAGGCCACCAAGACUUCCCCCGGGUAUCCCCCUACAGAAAAAAAUGACAGUCCAUUUGUGUCAGUCUGCAAGAAAUGCAUCAUCCCUAAACCAGCAAGAACACACCACUGUGGUAUCUGUAACAGGUGCAUCCUGAAAAUGGACCAUCAUUGUCCCUGGCUAAACAACUGCGUGGGCCAUUUAAACCACCGUUACUUCUUCUCCUUCUGCGUCUCCCUGGCCUUGGGCUGCAUCUACUGUAGCAUCAGUGGCAGAAACCUGUUCCUAGAAGCAUACAGUGCUAUUGAGCGCUUUAAGCAUUUGGAUGCAGAAAAGCAAGGGGUGCCGGUAACAGGGAUGGGAAUUCUCAUUGGGCUUCUCCCCCCUGGCCAGACCAACUAUCAAACACCUGCACCUCCGUACACCUUCAAGGAUAAGAUGAUUCAUAAGAGCAUCAUCUACAUGUGGGUGCUUACCAGCACUGUGGGAGUGGCUCUGGGAGCUUUGACCAUGUGGCAUGCAGUUCUCAUAUCCAGAGGAGAGACCAGCAUUGAAAGACACAUUAACAGCAAAGAAACAAAGCGAAUGGCAAGACGAGGACGGGUUUACAGAAACCCUUUUGACUAUGGCAGGCUGAAUAACUGGAAACUCUUCCUUGGCGUGGAGAAGAGAAGUCACUGGGUGACACGCGUUCUCCUCCCUUCCGCACACGCCCCGCUUGGUGAUGGGCUGACAUGGGAGGCAUUCCCACUUAAAAAGGACCUAAUACCUGUAUGACAGACUCUACUCAGGCAUAGUUGUAGCCUAAUUCCAGCAGUCUUUGCUGUGUCCAGCCCCCUCUGGUCAUUUGAUCUGGUUGGCUUUAAGGAUCCUUGCAUGGUGGCUCCAUGCAGCUGAAGAAAUGGGGUCAUGUCAACUUCCAAUACCUCAGAAACUUGCAGUGGCAAGUGGAUGGUCUACAUUUUUCACCAGUGAGAAGACAAUGUGUCAUUGAUGGUUUGCUCUCCACUGGAUUUUUCUUUUAUCUUACAAACGGGUUUUACUCGACCGUGAGCAUUGCGGACACUGCUGCACCGCAAUACUGUACUAUUUAUCUGUAUUUUGUACCUGUUAAGUUAAUAAAUCUUUAUAAAUUGAUUUUAAAAA